UUGGCUUCCAGUGGAAAACUUAUAAGGCGAUGAAGGUGCUUGGUGUUCUGAUAAUUUCGGCUUUUGCCUUGGCGGCGGCUCUAGAAACGCCUGUCCCCGUAAAGGACAUGCCCGCGGAGAAGAAGAUCAACGGACGUAUCACCAAUGGAUAUCCGGCUUACGAGGGAAAGGUGCCCUACAUCGUUUCCCUGCUCUUCGAUAACGGAAGCGGUGGUGGCUGGUUCUGCGGCGGCUCGAUCAUUGGCCACGAAUGGAUACUCACGGCGGCCCACUGCACCCACGGAGCCAGCUACGUGAACAUCGCCUAUGGAGCUGUGUGGCGCAACCAGCCGCAGUUCAGCCACGUUUCAUGGGAUCUGAUUACCCAUCCGCAGUACGAUACCGGUAACUUGCACAACGACAUCGGCCUGAUCCGCACACCGCACGUGGACUUCUGGUCGCUGGUCAACAAGGUGGAGCUGCCCAGGUACGAUGAUCGCUACAACAACUUCUACGGCUGGUGGGCCCUGCUCUCCGGAUGGGGCGCCAGCUCUGAUAACAGCGGAAUGACCGACUACCUCAACUGCGUGGACAUCCAGAUAUCGGACAAUAACGUCUGCGUGGAGCACUUCGGCAGCACGUUCAUCACCCCCAACCACCUGUGCUAUGCCACGCCAGACAACAAGGGCUCCUGCGGCGGAGACUCUGGCGGCCCACUCGUCCUCCACGACAGCAAUCGCCAGGUGGGCAUCGUGUCCUUCGGAUCCGCCUUGGGAUGCCUGUCCAACAGUCCCAAGGGAUUGACCCGAGUGACCAGCUACUUGGACUGGAUCCGUGACCAUACUGGCAUUUCUUACUAAUAAGUUUCGCCAUUUCAAGAAAAUAAACGAAAUACAAUUGUGCAUCCAAAUCCUUUGUUGUCCUUUGUUAUCCUUUUGACAUUACA